AGACUUGGAUUUCCUUCGUCAAACGAAGGUGCUUUUCUACAAUUUUCUCUUUUCCCUUUACCGGAAUACGAAGUAGAGAGUAAGCAUCUUUCCUCUAAUAUUUGGGCUCGUCGCAGAACCAAACGAGACAUUGCAGCAGAAAAAUUCACACACAAACAACACUGAAUCAAUGGCAAUUCCAGACAGGGUAAUUACACUCGAUGUGGAGGGAAAUCCCCCUACCAGUCCUUAUCUCAAAACUGGUGGAAACCCAGCAACUUCUGCAACUUGGUCUAUUCCUACCCAGCAUGACAGCGAUGGUCAAGAAGUGAACUUGGAUCAGUACCUGCCACUCUACCGUGCUGCAUUUAGUGGCAAUUGGGAAGCGGCUAGCAAGUUUCUGGACAGUGAUCCAGAUGCUGCGAAAGCUAGGAUCUCAGAUUUAUCAAUGACUGCACUGCAUGUUGCUGCAAGUGAAGGGCACUCCGAAUUCGUUGAGAAAUUAGUGAAACGUGUUCCUAGUGAUGUCCUCGAAAUGCAGGACAAAAUGGGAUUCACACCGCUUCACUAUGCUGCAAUAGGUGGAAGCCCGAGGUCUGCCAAGGCUUGUUGAUGGAAAAUCCAAAGUUGGCACAAUGUGUAGAUGCCAAAGGAAGAACUCCGUUGCUCCUAGCUGCCACUCUCGCAUCUGAGAAUAAGGAAUUGAUGUGGUACUUCUUGUUGGUAACUACUGAUGAGGCGCCUGGUCGUCCUUUCACUGGUGAUUGGGCUGCUAACCUUGUCAAUGUGCUUAUCGCCUCCGGUUUCCUUGAAAUUUCACUGUAUCUGCUUCAUCUAUAUCCUGAGUUGGCCAUUGCUAUUGAUCAAGAAGAUUGUACUCCUUUAUAUGUUUUGGCAAGCAACCAGUCAUACUUCCUCAGUGGCAGCAGGCUUGGCUUCUGGGAAAGCUGCAUUUACUCAUUUCUCCCAGUUGAAGUGCACUCCAGACCACCACACUCAGUGAGAGCCGAUGUGGCUUGCUACCAUGGAAACAUCCAAAACCUUCUGGCAAUGCCAACACCAGAACAGUAUGGAGUUCUUCACGGGUUAAGAAGAACACUUUUUGGAGCUAUUAAACGAAUAGCACCAGAUCAAUUCACGCGACUCCACGAUGCAAAACUUAGUCAUCACUAUGCAUUUGAACUGGUAAAACGUAUUUGCUUUCAACUUUCACAAACGCAUAUUUCUUGGCGUUUCAAUCGUCUUUUGAAAUCAGAUAUACUGUACAUAGCCACCGUUAAUGGAAUAGUUGAAAUUAUAAGAACGCUCCUAGAAUCUUUUCCUCAUCUAAUAUGGGUUUGCAAGAACAGCACCGACCAAUAUUUGUUACUCCCCUCUGCUAUUGAGCUUCGGCAUGAACAUCUUUUUCGUGCUGUGUAUGAUAAGACUGCACGAAGUAAAUUAAUGGCUACUGCACUACCUGAAUCGAGGGAUACCAUCUUGCAUCUGGCAGCAAAGUUGGCUCCUCUUCCCCAACUCUCAUCAAUUUCCGGUGCAGCUCUACAAAUGCAGAGAGAGUUGCAGUGGUUUAAGAUGGUGGAGAAAAUAGUUCACCCUUAUUAUAAGGAGAGCCGGAACAAAAACGAAGAAACUGCUAGGGAAUUAUUCACCAAGGAGCACAAAGCAUUGGCUGAGAGUGGAGAGAAAUGGCUAAAGGAUACAUCAAAUUCUUGCAUGCUCGUAGCAACUCUCAUUGCCACAGUUGUGUUUGCUGCUGCUUUUACAGUACCUGGAGGUAAUGACAACGAAGGAGCUCCAAAUUUCUUAGAGAAGAAGUCGGUCAUAUUCAUGGUGUUUGUUGUUUCGGAUGCAGUAGCUCUAUUUUCUUCUUUAACUUCCCUUUUGAUGUUUCUAUCAAUCCUAACCGCACGUUAUGCUGAAGAAGAUUUCCUCUACUCACUACCAAGGCGGUUGAUAAUCGGUUUGGCCACCCUCUUCUUUGCCAUAGCCGCCACUAUGGUAGCCUUCGGUGCAACCCUUUCGAUUGUGCUCAGCAACAAAUUCAAUUGGGUUUCCACCCCAAUCACUUUGCUGGCAUGUUUUCCGGUGACUCUUUUUGCCUUGCAGCAGCUUCCCUUGUUUAUCCAAAUGGUCCGAUCGACAUUUGGACGGAGCAUGUUUCGCCAUAAAAAACUUCGGUAACUCGAAGGACGGAUGGAAGAAAAAAUGUUAGAACUUGUGUUUUGGCUGUGUUUUUGUAUACUGAAUUACUGAUCAACGAUGAAGGGCAAAUUACGCAAAAAUCCAGAGUACUUAUGUAUGUUGUGGCUCAUAUUACUGGUGAUUUAAUCGUCAUUGUUUGGCUGGACAAGAAAUUAAUCACAAUUAUUUAUGAA